UGCGCGGAGUUGGAGGGGGACAGUGCGUGUGCAGCGGUGUUAGAGGUGGGAAAGCUCUCCCUGGCUGCUGUGAGGCUUUAGCAAAGUUGGACGUUUCUGUCACAGAAAAGUUCUGAACCGUGGAGGAGUGUCCCGGUAGCAAAAAAAAAAAACCCAAAACAAUACAACAAAACAAAAAUAAUAACAAACCAAACAAAAAAACAACCAAAAAAACCCCAAACAAACAAACCAACAAAACCCAGCUAUGUCCUAAUAUAAUAGUAACCUAAUUUCUCUGGCACCUUUUAUUCCUGUAAUGUAGUCUUACUAAAUUUUGCAAAGGAAAUCCAAUUCAGCCCAUGCUCAGAAUGGAGCACCAGCCGCUGCUCAGAGGGUCUAGCUCACCCAGCAAGGUAAGCAGAACUGUCCUGGCCUCAGAAUGUGGAUCCUGCAGGGAGUCUGUAGUUUUAGCAGUGAUGCACGAAUGUGAAAUGCGCUGAUGUUUCAUGUUAGCUUUUAAACAGAAAAGCAUUAGGGCUGAUAAAGUUCUGUGCUUUCCUUGGACACCUAACUGUGUUAUACAAUGGAAGCUAUAAAAGCAUGUUUUCUGAUUCUCGUGUUUUACAUUGAAUGUAAGUUGAAUUUUGUUUGUGUUGUGUUUCUGAGAUGAGGUGAAAGUUCCUAUAAACUGUCAGGAGUUCAGUAGCUUACAGAACAGAUGAGGCUGUUGUCUGUGCUCUCUCCAAGAAAUCAGGGCUCAAACUCCAAUGUGAGAUAACAUGUCAGUGUAAUGAGCUGACUGAUUUUGGGCCGGAAGAACAAAAGAUCUGUCAUAACAAAACUUAUGUGAUGUAUAUUAAUGAUUUUGGGUUGUUUGUUUAUUUUCUGUCUUUUCUAGAUUCCAGGUUGUACCCAUGAGACACACAAAAUACCUUUACAGUACUUGGUUAACGGAAAGGUCUGAGCAUGCAGUGCCAGUAUUUACCUCCUCUAGUUUUAUUUUUUCUACCAUACUCACUGCAGCCCUUAUUUAUCACUCUUGAUUCAUUGUAAUUUCGAGAAACACUUUUUACUCUCGGAAACUGCAAGGAAAUGUUAAUUGGAUUUUACUUUAUUAAGAUCAAUUUCAACUUCUGAGUUUUAGUCCUGAAGCAAGGAAGUUUUGGUGAAUUAUCUUUAGGAAACACACAGCUCUUUCAGAAUACACUAUAGUAUCUGGAAUAACUCAGCAUUUCUGGGAACUGGACCAAGAAUGAGAAUGAUGAAGAAUUAGUCUACAUACCUUACAAUGAGAAAUUCAGGGAGUUCAAAUUUAUAAAAAUGAAGGAAGGGGAAAUUUGAUCACUGAAGUGCCUUUGGUAUAGGAGAGGUCGUCGUGUCCAGCUGAAGUUAGACAAUAAGAUACUAUGAGAUGAAAUUAGGACCUAAUUUUAAAUGAAAGGGUUGCUAGACAUUCGAACUGGAUGUUAUUUUUAGUAUGAUCGUAUUCAGUAAAAAGUAGAGUCAGAAAGCACCACAUGAGAUAACCAAACGCUGUACAAACCUCUGGAGAUCUCUGACCCAGAGGUCUCAUCCAAAGUAUAAUGUUUUAUGACCAAUUAGACUUUUGAGAUUUAAAUGUAUCAUAACAGUAAUUUAUAUUUACCUUAAAACUGAUGAAUCUGUGACUCUAUUAAUUUUAAUUUAUAAAUACUGAUUUAGGAAUAUAACUAGGUAAUCAUUAUUGAAAAAUUAAAAAAUGCAUGCCAAUGUACUUCAGAUUGAAUACUAUUAUCAGUGAACAGUAUGUUGUAAUUUAAGAUACUAAGGCUUAGCAAUUGCCAACUUGCAGACAUUGAGUAAUCAUUUUAGGGACUUGCAGUGGGAAAUAAAAUAUUGUUAUUUCUCACAUCUUGGUCGAAACGUGUGUCAAAGAAAUGGGAAUUUGGUUAAUUCUUAUACUGAAUCAUUGUGCCUCUAACACUAAACAUAAACAGUCCUUGCAUUAAAAACAGACACCAUGAGAUGUGUGGCUCAUGCAAAAAGCAUUUCCUCAGUUCCCAAUAAAACCUGCAGUGGUUAUGUUGCCUACAUUUAAUCUGGAGACUUGUGAUUGUGGCAACUCUAAAGGCUGUUAAUGAUCAAGGCUGAAGUCAGUGUGAAAUGCUUCUUCUGCUGCAGGUAUUUGGGGGUUCAUGCAGUUUUCUAAACAAAUAUUUUCACUGUUCCAAAGUAAAAACAUGAUGUAUUUCACCACGAUUUUCUCCUAGAUAUUACAUGUGUGUGUGUUCAAGGACCUCUCUCUUUUCAUACCCAUUACACUUUCUUUUGUUCUCUAGCUCCCCAGCUGGACAUUGUUCCUGGCUGUUUGUGCUGUUGGAAUUGGAGGGGCCUUUCAGUAUGGGUAUAAUGUCUCCAUUAUCAAUGCACCCACACAGGUAAAAGCUCAUCUCUUGUUCACAGGGCUGUUUCCUCUCUAGCUCAGCCAAGAGGCCAAAUGUGCUUCUGCUGCCAUUGCAGUGGGAACCAACACAGGCUUCCUCUCAUGUGAAGGAUACUUGUUGGUUUCUCAAAGGGUUUCAUGUGAAUUUCUCUCAUAUACACAAGUUCUUAAACGAAACCUGGACUAGUCGUUAUCACAAGGAACUAAAUCCAGAUUUGCUGACUUUCCUGUGGUCUGUCAUUGCUUCUAUCUUUUCCCUUGGAGGCCUGUGUGGAGCCCUGAUGGGAGGCAGCAUGGCCAUUCGCCUGGGCAGGAAAGGAGCUCUUUUGAUGAAUAAUAUUAUAGCAAUACUAGCUUCCAUUUUAAUGGGGAUCAGUUAUCCUACAGGAUUGUUUGAGUUACUGAUUGCUGGAAGGUUUUUGAUUGGCAUAAAUUCAGGUAUUGGAUUCUGUGUGCAGCCUUUGUAUAUUGGAGAGAUUGCCCCAAAACAUCUAAGAGGUGGCUUGGCCAUGGGGACUUCCAUCUUUCUGACUGGGGGGAUUCUGACAGGACAAAUAAUUGGUUUGAGGGAAUUAUUGGGUGAAGAAAAGUAUUGGCCUCUGUUGCUAUCCAGCAGCUGUUUUCCAGCAUUUGCCCAACUUUUAUUGCUGCCGUGGUUUCCUGAAAGUCCCAGAUACCUUCUUAUUGACAGAGGUGAUGAGCUGAGCUGUGCCAAAGCUUUGAAGCGAUUUCAUGGCUCUUCAGAGUAUCGAAGGGAGAUGGAAGACAUCCAGCGGGAAUCUUCUGCCUUAGAUGGGGAGAAGCCCAAGAAGCCCUGGCAGUUGUUCACCGAUCGUGGUGUGAGAUGGCAGCUCAUCACUGUGAUCGUGAUGACCACGGGCCAACAGCUCAGCGGGAUAAAUGCUAUUUACUUCUAUGCAACUUACAUUUUUGAAGCAGCUGGGAUCUCAGCUGAGAAAAUCCCGUAUGUGACACUCGGCACUGGAGCUUGUGAAUGCCUCACAGCCCUCUCCUGUGGUUUACUGAUAGACUACGUGGGAAGAAGAUACCUCAUCAUUGGGGGUUAUCUCCUCAUGACCCUCUGGUGCACUGUUCUAACCUUGUCUCUGACUUACCAGGACCUAUACUCCUGGGUGCCUUACGUGAGCAUGAUGUGUAUAUUUGCCUUCAUCCUGAGCUUUGGGCUGGGACCAGGUGGCAUAACCAACACCCUGAUAGCUGAGUUAUUUGUACAGUCCUCACGUCCUGCUGCUUACAUGAUUGGAGGGACUCUUAGCUGGAUUAGUUUCUUCACAAUUGGAAUGCUCUUUCCCUUUAUAGUGAAUGGACUGAAGCAGUAUUGUUUUCUGGUGUUCUUACUGGAGUGCUCCUUUGUUGCUGCUUUCAUCUUCUUUGUAAUUCCUGAGACAAAAAACAAAUCUUUUCUGGAAAUCAAAAAGGAAUUUCACAAGCUUAAUUUUGGAAGAAAUACCAGAAAAAAGGAAACAGAGCUUUAUGAAAGAACACAACUUCAAGAUGAAUUUUUAAAAAAUCCUUCAUAAUUUUAUGGCUGUAACAGAACUUCAGUGAGAAUUACAAACUAAAUUAGGAGUGUAAUACAUGAUCAAGUGCCUUAUUAAAUUCUCCCGUGUAUUUAGGGGAAGUGUAACUAAAGGCAAGUUAAUAUUGCUGAAAUGCUGUUAAAACAUGUAUUGCUGAAAUACUAUUAACAACAUAUUAUAUAUUAUCCAUAGAAGACUUGACAUUUAACUGUAACCUGAUGCUGUAGGGAUGCAGAAAUGCCAGGGAGGAUGUUCAGUGAACGCCCCUGGCAGAUUUCUGUGGAUAAUUCAGUGGCUCUUCUUGCAUUUCAAAGCCCCAUCUUCAGGUCAUCGAGCACAUCCAAAGGCUUCACUGAGUAAAACACUGAGUUCUUGUUAAAACCCAAACAAGGACUGACCUGCUGAAAACUGGUAUUUGAAAUAUUCCAGUUAAUGUAGAAAUAGGGGUAUUUAGUUGCCAUUUUUCACUCUUUCUUUACCCAGUCCUACUACUGUAACUGUACAACAACGGUAUAGCACCUCUCUGAAUUACUGGUAUUUGUAAUAAAGACUUGUAUCCUAAUAAAACAGUUUCUGGGGUUUGAA